AUGGCCUCCUCCGCCACCCUCCUCCUCCUCCUCCUCCUCCUCCUCCUCCUAACCCUCUCCUCCGCCAUACUCGACGCUUCCCCCGUCCACCACCGCCACCGCCACCGCCAAUCCGCCCAUCAAAACUACAAAGACGCUCUCACAAAGUCCAUUCUUUUCUUUGAAGGUCAAAGGUCCGGCAAACUUCCUCCCAACCAGAGAAUGACGUGGAGGAGAAACUCCGGUCUUUCCGACGGAGCCGCCAUGAAAGUGGAUUUGGUGGGCGGAUACUAUGACGCCGGAGAUAACGUGAAGUUUGGUUUUCCGAUGGCGUUCACCACCACAAUGCUGUCGUGGAGUGUGAUUGAAUUUGGUCGGUUGAUGAAAGGGGAGUUGGGAAAUGCGAAAACCGCCAUUCGUUGGGCUACUGAUUAUCUUUUAAAAGCUACUGCUCAAUCAAACACCAUCUUUGUUCAGGUUGGAGAUGCAAACAAGGAUCAUGCAUGUUGGGAAAGGCCAGAAGACAUGGAUACCCAAAGAACAGUGUUGAAGAUUGACAGAAAUCACCCUGGAACUGAUGUUGCUGCUGAAACUGCUGCUGCUCUUGCAUCUGCAUCUUUGGUUUUCAGGAAAUCUGAUCCUAAUUACUCCAAGAUUCUCCUAAAAAGAGCCAUUAAAGUGUUUGCAUUUGCUGAUAAGUUCAGAGGCUCAUACAGUGAUGGGCUGAAGAGUUAUGUAUGCCCUUUUUAUUGCUCUUACUCAGGAUAUCAGGAUGAGUUGCUGUGGGGGGCAGCAUGGUUGCAGAAAGCUACAAGAAGUCCAGCUUAUUUGAACUACAUUCAAGCAAAUGGUAUUGCACUUGGGGCUGAUGAAAGUGACAAUACUUUUGGUUGGGAUAACAAGCAUGCUGGUGCCAAGAUUCUUCUAUCUAAAGCAUUUCUCGUUCAAAAGGUCCAAUCUCUCCAUGAUUAUAAGGGUCAUGCAGAUGGCUUCAUUUGCUCAAUUAUUCCAGGAGCCCCUUUUUCUCAAACACAGUACACCCCUGGAGGACUUUUGUUCAGGAUGGAAGACAGUAACAUGCAAUACGUAACUUCUGCCUCAUUCUUAUUGCUAACUUACGCCAAAUACCUAACCAAAUCUCACAAGGUUGUCAACUGCGGUGGCGCAAUUAUCACCCCACGCCGGCUGCGAACCAUCGCCAAGAAACAGAUCGACUACCUACUCGGGGAUAAUCCAUUAAAGCUAUCAUACAUGGUCGGAUAUGGUCCAAGGUACCCGCGGCGGAUCCACCACCGAGCCUCAUCUCUGCCAUCCCUAUCCGCCCAUCCCGGAAAAAUCAAUUGUGGAUCCGGAUUCACCUUCAUGCAUUCAGAGAACCCAAACCCGAACAUACUGAUUGGGGCGGUGGUGGGUGGACCAAAUGGACACGAUCGUUAUUCCGAUGAACGAUCGGAUUAUUCACAGACGGAACCGGCGACGUAUACAAAUGCACCGCUUGUUGGGGCACUGGCGUAUUUGGCGCAUUCAUCUGGACAGAUUUACACGGAUAAUUUGGAUUGAAAGGAAUUAGGGUUUGUGCUUUUUGAUUUUGGAAAUUGGGGAAGAAACGGCUUUCAAGUAUGUAUAAUGGUUUUUAGGGAAUUCUAUUGAAUGUGGGUUCAUUCAAGAAAAUUAAACACCUAAUGGCUAAUGGUAUCAGAUGAUAUUCGAUAAUUGUUUAUCCAC